GAAACAAAAACAAUCGCCCGGGCGCCGCCAUCUUGGGUCCGUUCUCCACGCCACCCGGGUGAAUGGGUAGAUAUGCCAUUACCACAGGGGAGCAGCAGCAGCAGCGGCGUACGGAGGGCUGUUCUGAGCUGCCGGCUGGACUCGGGAGACUCUAGAGACGGCUCCUGCCGCCGCCGCCGCCCUGAGAAAAGCCCCGGGUUCGGCCUUUUCUCCUCUCCAACCCCUAAACUGCACUCCUGGAGGGACAAAGUUGGUCUCAGCCGCGCUGCCUCUGCCGCCCGGGAGACGGGAGAGUUGCGUUCAGCAGCGGCUUCCUCGGAGCCGGGAGUGAGCCGGGGUCGGAGUUAGGGGAGAGGGUGACGAGGGGAUUCCUCCCCCCUCCGCCCUCCGGCCGGGGCUCGCCCGGUGCGCUGUGUGGGAGGCAGGAGGAAAAGGCAGCGGCAGCCCAGCAGGCUUUUCCUUCCCACCCCUGCUAUUUCUUAUUCCUUUCUCCUAAAAGGAAAAGGAAAAAAAAAAAAAGGCAGGGACUGGAUUGAGUCGGGGCGGGGGGGGACAGACGGACUGCCUCGGGUCUGCGCUCGCAGGAGGUGCGGCGAGGAGGACGAGUGUCGGUGAGGAGUUGGAGAGGAGCCGUGCAUCGAGCCGAGGAGCCGCCAGCUCCGCGGGAGGACGAGCCCCGCCGGCCCCCUCGCCUCCUUCUCCAGAGGAGCCGCGUUCUCCGGGAAGCACGGCAGUCGAGGAAGGAAGGAUUUGCCACAAAGAAUAUAUCACCCUCCUCCCCAGCGGCUGGAUACUGCAUAUCCCCCCCCCCCCCCCCAGUCACUCUUCUGGGUUUAAAUACCAAAUAUAGCCUCUUGGGGGGGAGGGGAUGGAAAUCUCUUAGAAGAAUUUGAAAUCUUGCUGGGAUUGGGGAGAAGGAUCGGGCAGAGAUGCGCGGCUCUCGCUGACCGGCGCCAGGACUAGAGAUUUGCCACUUUUCGACAAGCCCGAAGGUUUGUUUGUUGUGAAACUGUCAUUUCUCCCCUUUUCCUCUUCUGGGUUACGCUAAACCCCUCAGCAUUAUUAAAAGAAAACCGAAGGGUUGCCCACGUGUAGCUGGUGGCUUUCUGGGGUGUUUUUGUGUUGGCUUUUUUCUUUUUAAGGUAGUUUUUAUCAAGAAACUACCAAAACUUCCUCCCUUCACCCGGAGGCUUUUGAGGUUUGAAACUGAGAUGGAGCUGCUUUUCUCACAAACACUACAUGUUGUAUGAGGGGAAGCCAGGACGGACAAACAUCGCGCUGACUGCUCUCGAUCCCACUGCCCGACGCUCGGCACCCACGAGGGAUGCUUCACGGAGCUUGCUGUGGGAAAAGCAAAGUUGGAGUGUGUUCAGAGACUUCGUCGUGUCCAGCGGCUUGAGCGUUGACUUUUUUUUAAAAGAAAAACAAAACAAAACGUGGAUUCGUAGCAUACUUUUAUGAAUUAAACUUUGCCACCGUUUGUACAGAAGCCAAAUGACCCGUGUGUUUUGAAACACGGUUUCAAAUAUAUCCAUCCCUCAACCCGGAUUCUCGCUAGGAAGAGCCGGAGGGACAUCGUCAGCAUCUAAAAGAAGUCUGAUUUUACUGUUUUAUGAACAUUAUCUGCUGCAGAAAUGUUGCUAUAUAUUGCUUUAUAACGGUUCAGCAAGAAGGGAGAUUUUCCAGCUUGCAGGACCCAGGAAACUGGAUACUUAAAGUCACUUAAAUGUUUUAACAGCAUUGGAAAAUGGGAGCUGCUACUAAGUUGGCGUUUGCUGUUUUUCUUAUCUCUUGUUCUUCAGGUGCCAUACUUGGCAGAUCAGAAACACAAGAGUGUAUCUACUACAACGCUAAUUGGGAAAAAGAUAAAACAAAUCGCAGUGGUAUUGAACCUUGUUAUGGUGAUAAAGAUAAAAGACGACACUGUUUUGCUACGUGGAAGAAUAUUUCUGGAUCAAUUGAAAUUGUGAAGCAAGGUUGCUGGCUAGAUGACAUCAAUUGUUAUGACAGGAAUGAUUGCAUAGAGAAGAAAGACAGCCCCGAGGUGUUUUUCUGUUGUUGUGAAGGCAACAUGUGUAAUGAACGCUUUUUCUACUUUCCUGAAAUGGAAGUCACGCAACCAACUUCCAAUCCUGUGACACCUAAGCCACCUCUGUUCAAUACCUUGCUUUAUUCUUUGGUGCCUAUAAUGGGAAUUGCAGUGAUUGUGCUCUUUUCGUUCUGGAUGUACAGACAUCACAAGCUAGCGUAUCCUCCAGUUCUCGUUCCAACUCAAGAUCCUGGACCACCGCCACCUUCACCGUUGAUGGGUUUGAAGCCACUGCAGUUACUAGAGAUCAAAGCUAGGGGACGAUUUGGGUGUGUAUGGAAAGCUCAACUACUGAACGAGUAUGUUGCAGUUAAAAUAUUCCCUAUUCAGGACAAACAGUCAUGGCAGAACGAAUAUGAAAUUUACAGUUUACCUGGAAUGAAGCACGAUAACAUUUUACAGUUCAUUGGUGCAGAGAAACGAGGCACCAGCAUUGAUGUCGAUCUCUGGUUAAUUACAGCAUUUCAUGAAAAGGGUUCAUUAACAGACUUUCUCAAGGCUAAUGUGGUCUCUUGGAAUGAGCUAUGUCACAUCGCUCAAACUAUGGCUAGAGGCUUGGCUUAUCUUCACGAGGAUAUACCAGGGCUAAAAGAUGGGCACAAACCUGCCAUCUCACACAGGGACAUCAAAAGCAAGAAUGUGCUGCUGAAAAAUAACCUUACAGCUUGUAUUGCUGAUUUCGGUCUAGCUUUAAAGUUUGAGGCUGGAAAGUCUGCAGGAGAUACACAUGGACAGGUUGGCACACGAAGGUAUAUGGCUCCUGAGGUACUAGAAGGUGCUAUAAAUUUCCAAAGGGAUGCAUUUUUGAGAAUAGAUAUGUAUGCCAUGGGAUUAGUCCUCUGGGAAUUGGCAUCCCGCUGUACUGCCUCAGAUGGCCCAGUAGAUGAGUACAUGUUGCCAUUUGAAGAAGAAAUUGGCCAGCAUCCCUCCCUUGAAGACAUGCAGGAAGUUGUAGUUCAUAAAAAGAAGAGACCUGUUUUAAGAGAGUGUUGGCAAAAACAUUCUGGCAUGGCGAUGCUUUGCGAAACGAUAGAGGAGUGCUGGGAUCACGACGCCGAGGCCAGGUUGUCGGCGGGUUGCGUAGAAGAACGGAUUAUUCAGAUGCAAAAAUUAACUAACAUUAUAACGACAGAGGACAUCGUGACCGUGGUCACAAUGGUGACAAAUGUUGACUUUCCUCCCAAAGAAUCCAGUCUAUGAUAGUUGCACUGGUCACGCCACUGACCGCCAGGACUCUUCACUGGAGCUGCUAAAGCGAACGGGACUGCUUAGGUCAUUGCUGUUUUCUGUGUGAAAAGAAUGGUAAGUCUCUCCGGAACAUCAUCAAGAGGUGUUUGUCCUUUAUUUUCCCCCUUCCUCCUCCCAAACAUGGAUCCGUGAGACUUUCUGCAUUCCCUGCUUACACCUGAAGGACACGGGGACUGAGAAAACCCUAACAACGCUGUCAAGGAACUUAAAUGAAGAAUACGGACCUGUGCUGGCUAAUAAAGCGUUUUAAAAACUGACAUCAGAUUUCUUAAUACCCGUCAGAAGAGACUAAUUCCUUAAAUGAACUACUGUUAUUUUUUUUAAAUCAAACAUUUCAUUUCAGAUUUAAAAAAAGGGUAACUUGUUUUUAUUGCAUUUGCUGUUGUUUAUAAAAAUGACUAUUGUAAUGCCAAUAUGACACAGCUUGUGAAUGUUUAGUGUGCUGCUGUUCAGUGUACAUAAACAAAAGUAAUCAAGUGGGAUAUAGCAAAGAGGCUUCCAAGUAUUACUUAACCUCCCUCAACAAGGUAUACCUCAGUUCCACCUCUGCUAAAUUAUGAGAUUGACAACACUAACAGAAUUGGAAUAAUAAAUUGAUCCAUGUUUUGUAAAUGAUGUAUUUCAAAUUCACUGUGUUAUUUAAAAAGGGUAAGCUAUGCUUCAUGCCGACAGUAAAUGGCCAUUCCUAAA